AGACAAGUGACUUUUAUGGUGUUUGAUUAUGCAUCUUUUACUUCUGAAAUCAUGUUACCUGUGAUUCUGCUUCUGAUGGGUCUUUCUGGCCUCACUUUGCCAGUCCAAGCAGCACCGGGUCUUUUGGAUGAGAUUUUAACUUUAUUUGAUGAAAUAAAUGAUUAUGCUGUUACUGACACCACGGGGGAAAUAUCCUCAGCUGAAAUUAAUGAAAGCAUUGAUUGGAUUUUUUCCUUCUUUGAUGAACCAGAAGUGUGUGAUCCAAAUCCAUGCCAGAACAACGGAGUAUGCGAGGUCCUAGAGAGUGGCGGCUUCAGAUGCAUCUGUAAAGAGCCUUACAUUGGCAAAAAGUGCCAGGAUGAGAGGAACGUGUGUAAGAAAGUGAAGUGCGGUCAUGGUGAUUGUGUCAGAACUUAUGAAGCCCCAUUUUAUGAAUGCAAAUGCCGCCCUCCCUAUAGGCCCCCUACGUGCAAGAAAGCCUCUGCUUGUGACCCGAGUCCAUGCCUGAAUGGAGGAGAGUGUGUUAAAGGCCGUACCAGAGCCAGUUUCACAUGCACAUGUCCUGAAAAUUACAGUGGGAGGUUCUGCCAAGUUGGUCCAAAUGAUUGUUAUGAGGGAAAUGGGGAAUCAUAUAUAGGUUUUGUCAGUCAGACAGUGGAAGAAAUUGAAUGUUUACCAUGGAACUACUACCGGAUUCCCUUCAAGGAGUUUGAAGGGAAUGAGACAAUUGGAGCCCACAAUUACUGCAGAAAUCCGGAUGGAGACCGGGAGCCCUGGUGCUUUGUGAAGGAUAAGGGGAAUCUCCGGUGGGACUACUGUAAUGCCAAGCCAUGCUCUGAACCAGAACCAGUAAAACCUUCCAGAGCCCCUGAAAAACUGCAGUUUUCUGACUGUGGAAAGAUCCAGGCUAGUAUGAUAGCCCCAAGAAUAUUUGGUGGGAGGAAGUCUCUGCCUGCAGCCCAUCCCUGGCAGGUCUCAUUUCAGGUCCGUCCCAAGGGCUCUAGCGGAUCCUUCAGCCACAACUGUGGAGGAACCCUUAUUGACUCCUGCUGGGUCCUAACUGCCGCCCACUGCAUUGAUGAGAACGAGGAGGUAAGGGUGGAGAUGGGUGGUGUGAACCUGGAGAAAGAUGAUCCUGCAAAACAGUUUCUUGAGGUGGAGAAAAUCAUUGUUCAUGAGAACUAUACAGAGACUCCUGAAGCCCUGUAUAAUGAUAUAGCCCUGCUGAAACUAAAAGCAAUAAAUGGAAGGUGCGCCAAUGAGACCAGGUCCGUUAAGGCAGCUUGUGUUCCCACGGAUUCAUUCCCUGAUAAAACUAUGUGCACCAUAUCAGGCUAUGGAGCCACAGAGAAAGAUUAUGCUGUCUCUCCUCAGCUGCUGGAUGCCAAAGUUCUCCUAAUCUCUCAGAAGCGUUGUAUGUCUCGUAAUGUCUACGGGAACAGAAUGGAUGAUUCCAUGAUGUGUGCUGGAUAUAUGCAGGGAAAGACUGACUCUUGUCAGGGUGACUCUGGUGGACCCCUGGUUUGUCAGAAGGACGAGACUCAUUACAUCUAUGGUGUGGUGAGUUGGGGUGACAGCUGUGGCAAGAAGAACAGGCCCGGUAUCUAUGCCCGUGUCACCAAGUUUGUUGACUGGAUCAAUGAAAAGAUGCGAGCAGUUUAGGGUGGCUACUCAAAAGGUUUGAGUUCAAUGA